AAUUUUAAUAUUAUUUAUUAUCCGUAAUAAUUACCUACGUGCGUGAUUAUGCCCUGGUGAAUUUGAAUUUGAAUUUUAAACUCUGUCCAUCGGUCAUUGACGAUUGUAGAUUUGUAGAAUAUGAACUCGAUCAAGAAAAAUAUACAAGACACAUACACCAAGGAAUAUCUUGCACGUAAUAAAAGAAAUGAUGGCAGAGAAUUACUAAACUUUCGAGAUGCAACACUAAAUUUAAACACAAUACACACAGCAGAUGGAUCGGCGGCAGUCAAAAUUGGGAAUACAGCUGUUAUUUGUGGCAUUAAAGCAGAACUAGGUGUUCCUAAAUCUGAAACUCCAGAUAUUGGAUAUCUUUUAGUAAAUUUUGAACUACCUAGCCUGUGCUCUAAAAAAAUUCGACCUGGAAUCCCAUGUGAUGAAGCAAUGCAAAUUACUAGCUUCCUUAAUGAAGUGUGUAAUAAUUGCAAAAUACUAGAUUUACAACAAUUGUGUAUUUCUGUUGAUAAAUUAGUGUGGGUUUUGUCAUGUGAUGUAUAUUGUUUAAACUAUGACGGAUCAGUGUUUGAUGCAUGUUUAAUAGCCUUGUUAUCAGCACUACAAACAGUUAAAAUACCAGAAGUAAAAUAUGACAAAGAAACUGAAGAAACAAUUGUCGUUGAAAAUUACAUUCCGUUAAAAGUCAACAGUUUACCAGUAUCGUCAACUUUUGGGGUAUUCAAUGAAAAAUACAUUUUAGCUGAUCCAACUGAAGAAGAAGAGCAAUUAUGUGUUAGUAAAUUGACAGUUGUGACCAAUGGUUCCUUAGUAUUUUCUAUACACAAACCUGGAGGAGAAUUCAUAAAAGAUACCCAAACUCAAAAUUGUAUUAGGCAUGCUAAGACCAGAUCAGAAACAAUUAAUAAAUUAAUAAAAGCAGCACAAUAAAAAAAUUUCUGUAACAUUAUUUUUGUUUUUGGAAAAUAAAUGAUAUUAUGCAAUUCAUA